AUGAUUAAAGUUUCUCGAAUUGGGGGCCUCCCUUUACCUCUGCCAACAUCUCCCCGCCCCCGACGUUUGCAGAACACCUACUUUGCCUCUGGCCCUGCCAUCCCUAACGUGCUGAGAGGAGUGUGCGACCGGCUCGCCUCAGCGCUGUGGGGGACACGUGCACAGCCGUCCGCGGUCGCCCAGAGGUGUCUGCACGUGUUGGUGUCGUGGCCGUCCACAGACAAGAGCGAGAGGGCGAGGAAACCUCCCCGCGCGUUCGACCCAGCGCUGCUGGAGUUCCUGGUGUGCCCGCUCUCCAAGAAGCUGCUCAGAUAUGAAGCAUCGACAAAUGAAUUGAUUAACGAAGAGUUAGGAAUAGCCUAUCCAAUUAUUGAUGGGAUUCCUAAUAUGAUACCACAGGCAGCUAGGAUGACACAUCAAAAUAAGACGCAAGAAGAAAUGGAGCAACGUUAG